AUGUCAAGUUUAGUAAAACCUUCAAUUCUUUCACUUUCUCCAAAAAGUUUUAUCUCUGUUCUUAGGUCUCACGGAAUUACUAAAUUUCAUGCAUAUUUUAAUCAAAUUACUGGAAAAACUGUAGCAUCCCAUCCAAUUCUACAACCUAUUGGAGAAUAUUUUACUCAAGAAGGAAUUGAUUUUGAUAAACAUGAAGGAAUUUUCGGGCAGAUCGGGCCUAAAUCUGGAGUACUGCAGGGCGCAUUCGUUCAUAGAACUUGUCGAGGUGCUGCGGCAGGUGGUACGCGAAAUUGGAGUUAUGAAAGCAUAGAAGAUUGGUUCCGUGAUGGAAUUCGGUUGUCUAGAGCAAUGACACAUAAAAAUGCUCUUGCUGAAAUAUGGUGGGGAGGCGGAAAAGGUUUAAUUGCUAGUAACUCUGGAGUUGCAUUUGAAGAAGGGGCUUCACCUUUACAACGUCGUUUAGUCUUUGAAGAAUAUGGUUUUUUUCUUAGUUCAUUGAAAGGUUGUUAUGUAACGGCUAAAGAUGUAGGAAUGAAUGAAGAAGAUAUGAAAGCAAUUUUUUCAAAAUCGCGUUUUACAACUUGUAUUCCACCACAAUUUGGUGGUAGUGGCAACCCAAGCUUACCAACGGCAAGAGGAAUUGUUCGGGCUAUUGAAGCCGCCUUUUCACAUUUAGGUAGAGGAUCAUUAGAAGGUGCCACAAUCGCUGUUCAGGGUGUUGGAUGUGUUGGCUACAACUUGAUACAACUUUUACGUGAAAAACGUGUCGAGUACAUUAUUGCUAGUGACAUAGAUCCGCAAAAAAUUCAAGAUUCUGAAAAAGAAUUUGGCAAAGAAUUUCCAAGUGGCAAGAUUGAAUUCCGAUUAACAAAGCGAAAUGAUAAUUCAAUUUUAUUUGAAGACGUUGACGUUAUUUCACCAUGUGGAGUUGGCAAUAUACUUACUUCACAAACAAUCCCAAAUAUUAAAUCGAAGAUCGUUUGUGGCGCGGCCAACAAUCAGUUGGGAGAUCCUAUUAAAGAUGAUAAACUUCUUGCUGAGCGAGGGAUCAUGUACAUACCAGAUUUUUUGGCUAAUCGAAUGGGAAUUGUGAAUUGCGCUGACGAGCAAUACGGUUAUGUUGAUGACGAUCCGUUUAUCGAACAACAUUUAGGUGAUUCAUGGGAGAAUUCGAUUUAUAAUUGUACAAAAUUAAUUCUCGAAAAAGCUAAAGCAACAAAAAGAACUCCACAAGAAGUAGCAAUAGAACUAGCAGAAAAAAAAUCUUUUGUUGAACAUCCAAUUAAAGGACAUCGUG